ACCACUGACGCGGUUGCGUAGUUGUUAACUGCUGUACAUCGAGCUUGCUGCAGUCGUCGGAGGGAGAUAAUCGGAUCUGGAGCACGCUGUAACUCUUGUUCCGUGGGUUCUUUUUUGGAAGGAGAUCCUGAUCGUCUACGAUCUCGAGUGCAAUUUCCUUCAUCGGUGGUGUCUGCAGGGAGUGUCUGCAGGGUGUGUCGGUGUUGAGCGUAGUACCUAGUAGUUGACGUGGAUCGGACGAUUCGAUUGGGUGUUUCCUGUUGUUUGCCAAGAUGGUUGAAGCUUGAUGAAGCAUGAGAGAGCUCGUCGAAGGUUUGUGUGUUCGAUCGUCGAUGAAGUGCCGGGGACAGUGAAGAGGUUUACGAGUGGUAUGAAGUGUGUCGGGUUGUUUCCGAUAAGAGUAACGAUUGGUUGUUGCUACCAGUUGCAUCAAUGGUGUUAGAAUAUAUGUGUGAGAGCUUGUGUCAUGAUUAGGAGGAAUAGCAGACAAACAACUUUACUUCAUACAUGAAGCUUCUCCUAAUUUUGGGGCAGACUUGAGUGAACGGGUGGAGAAGGCGGUUCUUAUCCUCAAGGGAAGUGAACCUUGUCUUGGCAAGGGAGCAAUUUUCAGUUAGCGUGGACGUGAACUUCAUAGCACGUAUUUCGUGCAUUCAAAGCAGAGAGCCUUUCUUUCUGUUGAGGGAAGAUAGAGGACAUCCGGGUGGUUUCUGAACCGGAAUUUUCAGGGAUCUUGAAUGUGAUUACACUGCAGUCUUUCCAUUGAAUUACAUUGACUUGAGAAAAGCUGUCUCGCGAUCUUCUGCUGUUGCCUGCGGUUGCAUCGUCAAGAGUUGAUUUGCAAAGCCACGGAAUCGUAUGCUUCCAAGUUCGGAAUUUUUGAGUCGGCUUUUUCUGGAGACCUUUUGGGUCCAUAACCGUCGGCUACAUUGUUUGCUAGGCACUUAGAAGCUUAUAGGUUACGUAGGUGGUGCAGGUAGAGGAGGAUGGGUAAUUGCCAUGCGGUUGACCCCGUGUGCGCGACUGUGGAACAUCCAAGCGGCAAAGUGGACAAAAUUUAUUUCUCGUCCUCAGCUCGGCAAUUGAUGCUACGUUAUCCGGGGCAUUAUGUGGCGCUUUUACCGCCUCCACCGACGUCUCCUGCCGACGGUUCGACACCACAUAUGAAACGGAAGCUGAAGCUGCUUCCGCCCGAUAGCAUGUUGAAUAUUGGCUCCUGCUAUAGACUGGUGUCGUUUGAAGACCUUCUUUCAGAAAUGUCCGAAACCGGCGCCUUGGCGCAUCAAACAAGCAGGAAGAGAAGUCCCCACUCAAGCACCACUGUCCGUAAACAUCGACGUUCUCUCUGUGACCCUGUGCAAACUUUGAUGGAGCAGUCGGAUGUCAGCAGGUCUCCUACAAAUCACAUCAAUAAGUUGCGAGGGAUUUUAUCGAUGACAUUUGCUUCUCAAAAGGAAAACGGUGCCGCAGGCUUGAUACUACCAGCCGCCCCAGAUUCACCAACUUACUCGUUCACACAGUCGCCACCACAGCCCCUGCACUCAGUCCACCGAGGGGGAGCAUGGCGGCCCAGCCUUCAAAGUAUUGCUGAACGAGGUCGAUGAGGGCCAGAUCAGUGUGCUCUUUCGUACAAAGUUCUCCAUCCCACGCAUUCACGAUGUUCUCGUGCAUUGAGAACCUUGAACAACGUCACAUUGCUCGUCGAUUAUGUGAGACGAGUGACCACCAUCUCCCAGGGAUUAUCUGGGGGCAGUACAUGAUAGUUCCAUGGGCAUCUUCUGGCCGCGGAGAUGGUUUUGUAAAAACAAACUGCUAACUGUGAUUGUUUAACUCUACACUUCAUUUUGUGUUGUUAUUGGAUCUUCGAAGCUUGCGACAACAUGGGUUUUAAGAAUUAGAAAACUAGAAUCAGGUGGUGGAAGACUCAUUUACUGGGUACUUAUUAUUUUUCAGCAUUAAUUUCCUCUUUCUGAACACUGAAUCAUAAAUUUGUGAGCUUAUUCUGCUCAAAGAGGCCUCUCACAUUUCGCAGGGUUGACAUCCGCUCCUGUAAUAUUUGUUGUUUAUCCCCAUUCUACUUAGUGAACUCCUUAAAUCAA